UAGCUGUUAGCUCCGCUACCCGGAGCCCAGUAGCUCCGGGCCAACAGCGGAGUGUCAAGUGCACACAUAGCUAACAGCUAACGGACCUCCAUUAGCUUUUAGCUCCGCUACCUGGAGCCCCGUAGCUCCAGGCCAACAGCGGUUAGCAAAGCUAUAGCGGUCCAUAAGUAUAUAAUAUGUCUGUCUCGGUAACAGUAACGGCGCUCCGUCAGUCUGUUUCAAUACAACAAUAUUAAGACGAGUUAAUGGCGCUCCUCGGCUCUGGUAUCUAAAACAUUAGGCCGCGAUCUAAGCCAACAGCGGUGACUUUGCUUUGUCUAUAAAGAAACAUUAACCGGAGCGAAAAGCUAACUGUGCUAACAUCCGUACACCUUUAACAAAAGUGAGAUUAAAGGGUUCUUGCACUGAGAGUGACCGCUGACAGCUGAGAGUGACCAUCAUCCUUCAUCCAUUGCCCUCAUCCUUCACAGAGCAGUAUCACCACAUCACCUACACACACAAUCACCACAUCUUCAUCUUUUUUUUCAAAUUUCAUUCUAUAUAUAAGAUUAUAUUAGUUUGUCUUAGAUUAGUUUAGUUUACAUUAGGUGGUUUAGGUUUAGGUCAGUUUGACAAGUAUUUCUCUUGUUGUUUCUUUUGUCUUGAACUUCUGUCAGCAGGAUGCCAAGGAAGUCGAGGCGGUCUGUGGUGUUGAAGCAGCGCUGGAGGAAGCUCAACCUGGAAGAGCUGAGGUCUUCCCCCACCCCCCCGGAGACGGUGUCCCCCCCGGCUGGAGAGGAGCCUUCCAGAGGGUCAAGGACCAAGAGGACCAGGGAGACCCACCCCCCCUGCUCCCGAGCUCCAGUCGGCAACGCAGUUGGAUCUUCACCCCCAGCCAAGCCUUUCUGGAGCCCGGAGGAUGUGCAAGUUCGUGCACGCCGUGGUACCGGUUACCGCCAUCGGGUGAAGACGUGGCCAACUUCGAAGCUCACUGGACGGAGCCACAAGUUGGUCAUCCCACCGGAGUCUCCUGGCAAGCAGUUUGUUCUGAUUGUCGGGGACUCCCAUCUCCGGGCCAUCGUGGACCACUUCGCCAAGAUGCCAGAAGGAAAGUUUUCUUUUGGUAUCAUGUCGACCCCUGGGGCCCAUGCUGCUCAGCUGCGCACUGAGGUCCUACAUGCUAAGGUUCGUCAAGACCCUGAUGCUGUUUGUGUUCUUGCUCCUAGCAACAACCUGACCGCGAGCAGGACCGUCGACGAGGCAGCCGUCGACUACGCCCGAUUCCUCACCGCUGUGAGGAGCCGCUGGUCGAAGGUCUUUGUGGUGGACUUCCCUCCCCGCCUGAACGAGGAUGAGGAGCACCAGAGGGCCCUUCGCCACGCGUACCAUCGCGUGACAGCUCGUAUGGGUUUGAGGUACUUCUCUGCGGAGGAGUACUUCCCCCGUACGCGCUUGGAUCUGUGGAGCAGAGACGGCGUUCACCUGAGCGACCGUGAGGGGAUGGGGAUCCUCACCCAGCUGCUGUGGGCCUCCACGGAGCAGUUCCUCGAGACACCACCACCACCUCCCCCGGUGUCUCCUACUCCUUCACAGCCGCUUAGGAAGGUUUCUCCUAAGCUGGUUGUGAAGGGAGAGGUACGUGCUCCUCUGUCUCCUGACCCCUUCCAGUGGAAGGUCGUUGGUCAGAGCUGCAAGGUUAGUAGGGUUUUUCUUUUUUAUUUAUUAUAUUAUGUGUCUGUACAUGUGUUUGUGUACAUUUUGGUUCACGGGUUCACAGUCAUAACUAAAAAGCACCUAUUUAAUCAAAUAUGUGAUGUGCUUUCCCAGCCGCAGGUUCCUGGUCCGGCCAGCGUGGCUCAGCAGCAGGAGAAGGAGUCCUUCCUUCCACUGAACCCACGAUGGUUCAGUAGCACGACCCUUUGUGCUAUGGAGGAAGUGUCUCCUUCUCAGCUGUCUGACGUGGUGGAUGUCCCAUCUCCUCCAGCGCGCAAGAAGGUGGCCUCCCCAGUGGCAGCCAGGCGUCAUAGGACCACGGAGAGACGCCCCCCCCACCACCAGUCUCCUGUGAACAACCAGGUUGGAUCCCAGCCAGCCAGGCUGUCGCGGAGACUGGAGGACGAUGGCCCCUCCAGCCCGGUUCCUCGGUCCAGGACCACGGAUGGAACACCCCCCCCCGCACCCAAACUUCAGUGACCAACCUGGUUGGAUCCCCUCCAGUCAGGUUGUCCUGUAGUUUGGGUGAUCUGGCGACCCCCUGCCGUUCACCGGUUGCGAAGGUGGCCAGGAUGAAGACCCCUUCACCGGCUGGACCAUCCCAGACCAUUAAAGCUGUCUGUCACUCUCCUCACCCAGUUAAGACCGUCGGGACACCAGUUCCCUCAUUGUCCUGCUGGCCCUGGAUUAUUGAUGACGGACUUGCCACCUCUCAUUCCCCUUCUAAAGAGGUAAAGUCUGGAUAUCUGAGGAGUCUGUUGACGUUGGUCAGUGGGGCCGAACCGACCCUCUCCUUCCCAGCUUGCAUCCUCCUGUCUUGCGCAUGCUCUCAUCUCCGCCGCCAGCAUUAUGUGCCCGCCUGCGACCGUCCCGCCGACAACAGGUGCUGUCAUCCCCGCCACCGGACAGACUUUCGAUUCUCUGCACUGACCCGAACCGGACCGCGGGCCGGGUCGGCUGACAUUUCCCGGGUUGGGUCGGCACUUGAUCAAAUAUUUGUAUCUGUGUGUGUGUGUGUGUUUAUAAUAACUCAAAAUAAUGACGGUACUUCCACCUACAAAAGGCGCAUCUCUCUCCUCCCUCCGUGUUGUUUGUGCCGCUACAUGGUUUUACACGUGAUGUCACUCCCCGAGAUGCAAGAAGAAAAGCUAAAAUAAAUAUUUUUACUGAGGAAAAUGACAAAAAUAAUAGUAACGCACAGUGAUUUGAAUAAGUAAUUUUAAUCUGAUUAGUGGUUUGGAAAUAUUACCGCGUUAGAUUACUCCUCACUGAAAAAAGUUCUCAGAUUAGAGUAACGCGUUACCGGCAUCACAAGCUUUUUCUCUUUCCUCCCUAAAGUGGAUGAUCACUACUUAAUUAUUGGUGGCAACUUUAAUUUAGUUCAAGACCCCUCCCUAGACAGGUCUUCCUCUAAUCCUCAGGUGUUAUCCAAGUCAUCCAAAGUCCUUGACACAUAUAAGACCAGUUUAGCUAUAUUUGACCCAUGGAGAGCUAAAUCCCAUUCAGACAAACCUUUUUCCUUUUUUUCACACGUCCAUCAUUCAUUCUCUCGGAUUGAUUUUUUUCUCUUGGAUAAUAAUUUUUAUCAGAAGUUCACUCAUGUGAGUACCAUAGCAUUGUUAUUUCAGACCACGCCCCCAUAUCUAUUGAGAUUGGCUUUCCUAGCUGUGUCCCCCCCUCCAGACAGCGGAGGCUCAACUCCUCAAUGCUGGCCCAAGCUUCCUUUAAAAAAUUCCUUCAUUCACAGAUCUCCCUCGCACCUUAUGGGAAACUUUUAAGGCAUUUAUGCAUGGGCAAAUUAUAUCACAUGUCUCAACCUUAAAGAAGACAGAGGGGGAGGAGUCAGAGGCACCCACCAGGGAGAUAUUUAGAUUUGACAGUUUAUAUGCCUUGGCUCCCACCCCUGCUCUUUAUAAAGAACACCUUCAGUUGAAAUCCAAAUUUGACUUGUUCUCCACUAGUAAAACACAGGAGCAGUUAUUUCUUGCGAAACAAUUCUUUGAGUCUGGAGAUAAGGCGGGAGGUUAUUAGCACAUCAGGCGCGUGUAGCCAAACUAUCCAGAUUGAUCCCUAAGAUCAAAUCCGCGGCAAGUGUAGUUACCUCAGAUCCUGUUGAGAUUAAUAAGAUAUUUAGUUCUUUCUACUCAAACCUCUACUCUUCACAAUGUCCUCCAGAUUAUUGGAAUGGUGAUAACCCUCUUGAUAAAAUUAUCUUCCCUAAAAUAAAUGUGGAUUUGUGUAGGGAGCUGGGAGGCCCAAUCACUAUCAAGGAAGUGCGGGAGGCGGUUAUGUCACCUCAGAACGAUAAGGCAUUUUGUUCAAAAUCAGAACCCCAAAUUCCCGAGUCGACCCCCGGAAACUCUGGUUGACUCGUUAUUGUCUCUUGUCCUGGAACAAAAGCGGCUAAUUUCUAGCAUUUACAGCCUUAUCAAUUCAACUACUGACAUCCCAGCGUCCAGUCCAAAGGACUCUUGGGAGCAAGAACUUGGAACCACUCUUCCCGAUGAUUACUGGAAACAAGUCUUACGGUUAGUUCAUUUCUUUUCAAUCUGUGCGAGACAUGGCCUCUUACAGUGUAAAGUGGUACACAAAGUUCAUUACACUAAUGUGAGGCUGUCUCGGAUUUACCCCAAUGUAACCGACUCCUGUAAUAGGUGCAAACAAUCCCCAGCUGACCAUUCCCAUAUGUUCUGGUUCUGUCCCAGGCUUGCCAUAUUCUGGUCGGAAAUCUUCAAAACCCUUAGCACAGCUUAUAACACUACUAUCUCUCCUGAACCUCUCCUGUCUUUGUUUGGUGCCCCUUUGCAGCCUCUUGCUCCCGGGGUCAUGCGGACCGUUGUUGCCUUCACCACCCUGUUGGCCAGGUGUCUUAUACUCCUCAACUGGAAACUCCCCCGACCUCCAUCUUAUAGCAGUUGGGUGAAAGAGGUGUUACUGACCACUAGACUUGAAAAGCUCAGGUUCUACCUCAAAGGUUUCUUAAAUUCAUUUGAAACAACAUGGAGACCUCUCUUAAAUUAUAUUGAAUCUUUAGUAUCUCUGCCUGACAGUGACGUCUGAGGCCCCCCCCCUUUUUUGUAUUUUUCAUUUAUUUAUUCAUUUUAUUUUAUUUUUUUUCAACACUUUUCUUUCAUUCAUUUAUGUAUUUAUUUCAGUAUCUUCCUUAUUUAUGUACCUGUUUUGUUUUAUGCACAUCAUACUAUUUAUAUGUCAAUAUUGGAUUACUUUGAGAAUUGCUUUCUCCCGGGUAUGGUGGGAUUGUGGGAGGGAUAAAAAGAUGGAAAAAUGGAGGCCCUCUCUGUUAUAUUGUACUGACAUGCUGUUGUCUGUGAAAUGGCUCCCAAUAAAGAAAGUCAAUUUAAAAAAAAAGUGUGUUCACAAUGUGAACACUGGGCUUAGCGGCAGGUGUGUGUGUGCGCGUAUGUGUGCUUGUUCAUGUUCAUGUAAUGGUGGUGUCUGUCGAACACUUAAAUGCAGCGUUUCAUGCUGUAUUUCUUUUAUUCAAAAGGGUUAGUUCCCAUAUUUUUAUUAUUGAUAACUGAUUUGUUACAGUCUAAAAAUUCAUUGUGUUUAAAAUGUUUAAGAUGAGACUUUAAUUGAACAUGUGAAAUCCCAGAGAAAUAGGGAGUGUUAUGGCCCCAGUGCUGUGGGUGUAUUUUGUGUUGUUUUUCUUUCAUUCAGGUGACACCCGCAUCCUCGUCCUCCUCGUCAGUGUGUGGAUCGCACACCUGAGGCUACUUGCUACUUAAGUCAGGUGGUAUAAAGGUGCUGCAGAUCCGGUGGGCUGCGCCCGGUCGUAAUAUGCAGGAGCCAGAGCUACAGAGCCACAGCGUGUAGCGUGUUUGGUGUAGUGUUUUCUCUCGACUAUAGCCAUGUGGGCUAAUAAGUGUUUUUAUUUGUGGGCAAUAAAGCCGUUUAGUUAAUUUUGCUACAGUUCUCCUUUACACCCGCUUUAUCAUUUUACUACGUUACUCCCUUCAUCCCCUAACCAUCUGGGGAUGUAACAUAUUUGGGGGCUCGUCCAGGAUUGUUAAGGAUCCGGAGAAAACUCCACAAAAGUUUUUCCGUCUGCUAGUGGCUGUGGUAACGAGUGUCGGUAGUCUGAUGUGCCGUUGUUUGCCGAUGCAACUGUGUGGGUAACUGCUCCUCAGGUAAGACUAGGGGAGUGUCCAGCUGGGUUUAAUCAGCCUUUCCAUCGGACACUCUUUUGUUAUUUUGCUUUUUUUUUAAUUUUCGGGGAUAACAAUCUCUGUCGGCGGCAGGCAUUUCAUGGCUUCGGCCACUGAUAGUAGCCUUUCAAGUUGCCUCAAGCCCGGCACGCACCAGAAGAUGAACUGGUAAAGUUUUAUCAUGGGUAGGAUCUGAGGAGUUUUGUUCCCGCAUAGCUGGUCGGGUAAUAAUUGUGUGCUGUUGGAUGUCAGUGUUACCGUGUUCGCUGAUGUUAGAUGAAGUGUGGAAUUAGGGAUCAGUUGUGAUUUGUUUGACCUGAGUGGUGUGCAGCUUUAAACUAGUCGGUGGCUAGGUGUGUGAUUUUCUUUAUCUGCUGUUUUUGAGUAUGACAACUUUUGUGUUAAAUGAGUUUGUGGCUAAUCCUAGUGUGGAGCAACUGUGUAAAAAGUGCGAUUUAUAUGAAAUUGCUAGGAAUUAUGAAUUACCUGUUUCAACUGCGUGGGUGAAGGGAGAGUGUAAAGCAGCUAUUCUUACCGGCUUAGUUGAUCAGGGUGUGUCGGUGGUACCUGGGUCGGAUUCUCCUGGCUUGGUGGCUGCCAGAGAGGACCCAUCCCUGGGUUGCAAGAGCUCCUGGCCGCCGGCCGCUUCGCUCCUCAGGAGGGGGAGGCGGCGUUGUCAAGGCCAGUUGAUCUUACUCCUGAUGUGGGGAGAGUUGGGCUGGAGAUGAAGCUGUUCACAUUGCCUCGAUUUGAACCACUCCCGGUUGAGUCGUCUCCCGGUUCAAAAGUAAACGCUAAGGAUGUGUGGGCCAUUUUACUUCAGUGUAACUUAACCGGCAAAGCUCAGGAGGCUUGUUCGUCUCUGUCUGUGGAGGACGGUCUCAGCUACGAUAAAUUGAAAAGUGCGAUUCUGCGUGUUUGAGUUCGUGCCUGAGGCUUAUCGGCAGAGGUUUCGAAACCUCAGAAAAACAUCAAGCCAAACACGCUGACUUUGCCAGGAAGAAAGUGCUUCUUUUUGACCGCUGGUGUUCUGCAUGUAAGGCUGCCGAUCUAAAAUCGGUGCGCAAGCUAAUGCUCCUUGAGGAGUUUUAAGAACUGUUUGCCAGACCGUAUUGUCAUUUAUUUAAAUGAGCAAAGGGUAACCACUCUGCAGCAGGCCGCAUAUCUGGCUGAUGAGUUUGCCCUCACACAUAAACCGGUGUUCGUGAAAUGUGAACCAUCUAGUCAUGAUGAGCUAAAAACCCUCAACUGACGUGCCAGUGACCCAGGCUCCGGUGCUGCAGUUAGCUGGUAGUACAGAGAAGCUGUGUUUCUUUUGCCAUAAGCGUGGUCAUGUAGUGGCUAAUUGUGAGUCCCUGAAGCGAAAGCAGCAGGCAUCAGUUUUGAGUAAGCCCAAAGGUGUCGGGCUCAUUAAGAUUGUGUCACUGGUGGGCUGAUAAGUGUUUCAAGCCAUUCAUUUUUCAAGCUUAUGUUUCCCUCACAGGAAGAGCCGAGGACCAGCGCCCUGUCGCCGUGCUGCGAGACACGACUUGUUCAUAGUACUCAUCCUCUCAAAGGUAUUACCUUUGAAUGCAGUGUCAGCGUGUAACAUGAGUGCGGUAGUGAGAGGCAUUGAGAUGAGGUCGAUGCCCUCACCCCUCCAUAGCCUCCACAUUGAGUGGGCUAGUGACUGGUUUCUUUCCAGUAGCGGUGUGUGCUAGUUUCCCCAUGGACGGUGUACACUUUAUCAUGGGAAAUAACGUAGCAGGUAGCAAGGUCUUUCCUGUGCCGGAGGUUGAAAGUCCUAUCCUUCGUGCUCACUGAUUGUCGUGCUAAACAUCCAGGAGCGAAGGUAGCUAAAGCACUGACUCGAGCACUGUCUCCUCGGUGGACCCACACUACACCUACUAACUGGUUUCCCACCCCAGCUGAGGGUAGGUAGCCCCCUGCUGGUGGUGCAGUGGUCUGUCAGUUCCAGGAGCCCAACAUCAUGCUACCUUCAUCUUUGGAAAAACGUACCUUAGUGAAGAAAACUGUUAGUGGUGGUAAGAGGUACAAACGUUGUGUUAACCAGGGGUGUGCCCAGGUGGGUUUCACAGCCGGGUGGUGUGUCUGGGGUAACUUGAGUGUUUUGUGUGUCACCAGUGAAUAUGACCUGUGUCAGAGGUCUGUACUGUGUCUGUCUGUGGGUGAAUAACAUGUGGUGGAGGUGUACAUUGUUUUGUAGGGUGUGUGUAUGGACAAACUUGGUUUGUUCUUACGGGAGGGUGUGUUACGGCCCCAGUGCUGUGGGUAUAUUUUGUGUUGUUUUCUUUCAUUCAGGUGACACCCGCAUCCUCCUCCUCCUCGUCAGUGUGUGGAUCACACACCUGAGGCUACUUGCCACUUAGGCCAUGUGGUAUAAAGGUGCUGCAGCUGCCAGUGGGCUGUUUCCGGCCGUGAUAUGCAAGAGCCAGAGAGACUGAGCUACAGUGUGUAGCGUGUUUGGUGUAGUGUUUUCUCAUGACUAUAGCCGUGUGGGCUAAUAAGUGUUUUGUUUUGUUUUUUUCUUUUUGGUUUUUUGUGGGCAAUAAAGCCGUUUUGGGUUAAUUUUGCUACAGUUUUCCUUUCUCUCCUUUACACCCAUUUUAUCAUUUUACUAUGUUACUCCCUUCAUCCCCUAACCAUCCAGGGACGUAUAAAAGGGAGUAAAAAUGUAUUAGUAAAACAGAUGUGUUUGUGAAAAAUUGCACUUCAGAUUAAAUCUCUGUAUGAGCUGUGCUCCCUUUCUUCAUUGCUCCACAGCUCAUUUGCUGCUGACCCAGGUUCCCCUAGGCCUGAGGCCAGUAACAUAUACAGCACUUUUCAUAUAUAAAGUGCAACUCAAUGUGCCUUACAAUAAAAGACCACAGAAAUGAGAAGAUGCAAAAAUGCAAACUGCUGCAACUUGGCAGUGUUUCUUCAGUGAUAAGAGACUUAAGUUCUAUUAUUGAGUCUCAAAGUUUAAAACUGAGUCCAAUAUUACUAAUAUAUCAAUCUAUAAUUUUGAGCCUCAGCGAGGGCUGCCCGAUGAAUCGAAUUUCCAUCGUCAUUGCGAUGUGUACAUAUGCAAUAAACACAUUGCAAAAGACUGCCUGACACACGAAUAAGAAAAAUCAUUUGGUUUCCAUGCGCCAUGCAUGCACAUUGAGCAUGCCAACAUUUAGCCUAUCAGACAGAGCUGGAUGCAAGGGCCAAUCAGAUGAAGCCCCAGCUAGCCGUUAGCUUCCCUGACAAAAUUAAUGGCAUCAGUUUGGUGGUUAUGAUGGUUGAGGGAGGGAGGGAGGAGAGAAAGGCAUUGAUUCAUGGCCCAUGAAAAUGUGGUUGAAAAGAAAAAGCACUGAGUGUGUGCUGAUUGUGUGAGUAUUGAGGUUUCUGGACGGCAACACAUUCUGGCCUUUAAUUCAACUUAGUUUAAAUAUAACCUGUUCCUCCUCCUUGUGUGAGUUAGGGAAUGCAGACAAUACAGGGCUCACAGCUCCAAGGGACCUUGGAGCCAGCAUUCAGCUGUGUGUGGGUCAAAGGUUAGCAGGGGACAAGGCCACUUUAAGGACUAAAAUGGAGCCUGACUCCUGUGUCAGAUGGAGGAUGAUAUCUAAACACAUACAUCUCCAGAAAAGGAUAGAGGGCUCAUUUAGGUAAUUUAGGUGUACAAGACCGAAGGAGUGACAGCAACAGAUUUAGUCAUUUAUGGGAGAUAGACCACCUCCUUUUCUAGUCAAUUGGAUAGAUGGACCUUCAACCCACCACAGUGACCAAUCAGGAGUAGGCAGGUACUGCCCAAGGGACUUGAAGGCGUAGGAGUUCUGAUAGGGCAGAGGGCAAAAACGUUUGGCAUUACUUUGCCCUAGAUUGGAGAACAUCAGAUGUGGGGCCACACUCUGCUCGGCUAACCGAAGUUUGUUUAAA